UUAUCAGGAAAGAGAAAACCGCUAUGUAGCCAAACUGCUUAGAAGGAAACGAGCAACAUUGUAGCGACUGUAGUAUUUGUUAUAAUAAUUCAAAGCGUCGGGGUGCUAUUAUAAACUCGUUUUGAAGAUGAAGGUGAGAUAACUAGUGUGCAUGUGUUGUUAAGAGCGGAAAUGGAGAAGCAGUCGCGUCUGUUGUGUUCUGAGCUGUGUGUUCAGCGCAGACUGUAUGAGGUCACAUUAAACUGCGCGAUUCUCGCGUGGAAAGACACACAAAUCGCCAAAAAACACACCGGACGCGCCAUAUAUGGAGCUGUCAAAGCGGGUAGUCAUUGUGUUCCGGUGUGUGAGAUUAUAGCCGUUCAGGAAAAAGAAGAUGACUCUCCUUGUAAAGACACUGGGAAAUGGCAGAAGGUUCCUCAGAGCCCAGCGGACUCCUGCCAGCAUGCUUUCACAGUGUUCUAUGUAGAGAGGACAAGGCAGCACUGCUGGCGGUGCAGCAACAUGACUUUCCACUGCUCUGAACAUUCCCUGUGUCUGCUCUGGGUCCAAACUAUUAGGGAACAACUUGCAUUGCUGACCAAUCGACCGAAGAGUUUGCUAGUGUACAUCAACCCCUACGGAGGAAAACAACAUGGGAAGCAGAUUUACGACCACAAAGUGGCCCCCAUCUUUUCCCGGGCUUCCAUUUCCACCGACGUGAUUGUUACAGAGCGUGCAAAUCAUGCCAGGGACCACUUGAAGACGGAGGCUGAUCUGAAGAAGUAUGAUGGUGUGGUGUGUGUCGGAGGUGAUGGCAUGUUCAGCGAGAUUAUGCAUGGCCUCGUCUCCCGUACACAGCAAGAAGCAGGUGUGAAUGAGAACUCUAUGGAGGAGACCCUUAUGCCAUGUGGACUUCGCAUCGGCAUCAUUCCUGCAGGUUCGACUGACUGUAUAUGCUACGCCACAGUUGGCUCAAAUGACCCUGUCACCUCAGCACUGCACAUCAUUGUGGGUGAUUCUCAGCCAAUGGACGUCUGCUCAGUACACAAUGAAGACCACUUCCUGCGCUACUCUGUGUCACUACUGGGUUACGGGUUCUACGGAGAUGUGCUGACAGACAGCGAGAGGAAGCGCUGGAUGGGCCCGGCCCGUUACGAUAUCUCAGGUGUUAAAACUUUUCUGUCACAUCGCUACUAUGAGGGAACUGUGUCCUUCUUACCUGCUGAAGGGAACUUGGGAACUCCCAGGGACAAAAUGCAGUGCCGAACUGGGUGUAGUAUCUGUCGGCAAUCCUCUUCUGAUAAACUAUUCAGCAAAAAUGAAGACAGCGUUUCUGAUGCUGAGUGUCAGGGUACGUGGACGGUCAUCAGGGGAAAGUUCUUGGCCAUCAAUGCUGCCAGCAUGAGUUGUGCGUGUCCUCGCAGUCCUAAAGGCCUGUCGCCGUCAGCGCACUUAGCAGAUGGAACUACUGACCUCAUCCUUGUCAGGAAGUGCUCCCGACUCGACUUCCUGCGCCACCUGCUGCGCCACACCAAUAAGGACGACCAGUUUGAUCACACUUUUGUGGAGGUGUACCGGGUCAAGCAGUUCCGAUUCACCCCCAGAUAUCAGGAGUGUGAUUCUGAGGUGGACCUGAGAGAGAGUGGAGCGACAAGCAAGCGAUUUCUUAGCCAGAUCUGUAGGGAACACAGAGCCUGUGGUUGCAUGCCUUUCCAGAGCAACUGGAACUGUGAUGGAGAGAUCCUCCCACACACUGCCAUUCAAGUCCGGGUCCACUGCCAGCUGAUCAAGCUGUUUGCGAGAGGCAUCGAAGAGCAGCCUGUGUUUGAGGACCCGUACGCUCACUGUGCAAUAUAGAUCUCCACUCCGCUUAAAAAAACCUCCAGCUGGAUCAUUAAGGAUUGAGAUUCUUUGAAUGGAAGAGUCACCUUCAGCUCAGCACAAUGUCAUGCUGUUUCUUAUGCUGUUUUACCCAGAUAAUCCUCAUGAAGGUGCAUUGAAAACACACAGAGCUGGAGUCAACAGCAUUUUCACAGCAUUUAUGUAGGCUGUAUUAGAUUUGUGUAAGAUAGGAUCAGCUCUUUCAGCUAGGCAUUAGCAUUGCCAAUUUUUCAUUUCAACCCUUGAAGUCCUUGAAGUUGCUGGUGAUAUCUCUUGCUGUAUGCGACAGUUUCCAGUUGUCACCAUUUGUCUUCCACCACGAUCAAGCUGGUCUUGAGAGUAGCGUUUAAUUGAAUCCCAAAGUCAAAUUCCUGGAACUGUGAAAACUGUUUUUUUUUUUUUUUGUCUAGAUAUAAAGCACAUGAGGUGGUCAGCUGAUGAAGUUAUUGGUAUACCAAAAAAGUGUGUGGUUUAUGUUGAACUUGUUGGUCAUUCAAAAAUUUAAGUUUUGUUAUCAUUUACUAAAAAAAGACUUUCAAAUUAAUUUUAAGUUGUUAAUCACUGACCCCCCGCCCCCCCAAUUCAUCAGCUAUUCCUUUAAUAGUUAGCAUGAAGUAAUAUAUGUCAUAUAGACAGUGAAGCCUACAUUAAAUCAAAUUUACAAAUGAUCAGUACAUAUUAUGCGAAUGGCACGUCCAAUCAGUAUAAACAUACCUCUUGACCAAUUCUAAUGUAUCAUGCCCCAAUCUUACCACAGUUGGUUUUGUUUUCCAAACAUUUCAUGCAUGGAAAUGUAGCAUUAGUGAGCUAGACACUGACAGCUACACAGUGUCACUGCAGGGCCAGUGUAUGUACGGCUGUUCAUCAGACGGAAUGUAAAUGUAAAUACUGUAGCGCUCUUCUCUGUGUCAUCUUCCUUGGUUGCACCCCCCGAGAAUAUUUCCUCCCUUUAUAAUGAAUUUUGUGUUUGUGUUUCCUAUGCUGAUGUCUUAUUUCUUAUGAAAGCUCUUUUUGUUCCUGCAGUAUCGAAGAAUGAAGAAGUUUAUAAUAGACAGAAAAAUUGCUUUUUACUGUUGUGCAUGUCAGCUGCUUUAAUAUGGAAUUUUUAAAGUGUUUCCUUGAGCUGUACUUGUGAUUGAGGGCAUGUAUUUCCCAUGAUGCAUCUGUAGAGGCAACACAACUUCUGUAGCUAUUACAGGGAAAACAUUGUUCACAUCCUUCAUAGACUGAAAGAUUGUAGGGAAGCUUAUUUUUGCCACAUAAGAAAAAAAAACUGCUUUGGUAAAUCAUAAUUAUGAAAUCAGGUCAUAAUUAAGUAAUUAUUGAAAACUGAAAUAAAAAUAUUUAAAAAAAAUACUAAUAAAAUUAAAAUUAUUUUUAGUCAUUAUUAAAAAUGACUAAAAAUAAAAACUGAUAUAAAUAAGUCAUAAUUAUAAUAUUAAAAUGUCAUAACUGAAAUAAAAAUAAAUUAAAGCUAAAUAGAAAUACUAUGAUAAAACAAACUUGAUAAAAAAUAAAAUAUUUUUCCGACUUGAUCAUAAUUUUAACUUUGGAAAUGGGCUUCACAUGAUUGUCGUGUGUGAAUCUUGGGAAGAAAUUCCCAUAACAUUUCACCCUGAAAUUAAAAAGAAAAUUAAGUAAUUAUAUUUUUCAACGACAAUGAAAACCUUUUUGAAAUUUCAUUGAAUUAUGUAUUUUUGCAUUGCAUCAUGACAUUAUUUUCAUUACUGAUGAGCACAUUUUCUUUUAAUUAUUGUAGUGAAAUAUGACCAGGAUAUUUCUUGACAGUUUUAAUGUUAAUCACCCAUGUAUACUAAGGACCAUGGAAAAGAUGUCCUCAUAUGCGACCAGUCAAUUCAGAUGUCACGAGAUCCUCUGCUGUUUAUGAAUUAUGAACUGUGGCUUGCUAUUCUUGUGUGUGUAACAGUAUUUGUGUUGUGUGUAGUAUUAGCCAAUGUCAAAGCUUGUGUAUUUGACACCUAUUCUACUAUUGUUGGUAGCCUACUUCAGACCUAAUCAAACCCAAUACUGUGCACGCACAUGAUGUGCCACCAACUUUCCCUACUGAUCCAAAGAUACCAUUCACAGCCCAUUUUAAUUACUUGAAUGUGGCCACAGUUUUCACCUUUGUGCUGCCCUGGCGGCUUUUGUUCGUUUAUGGCUUAUGACAGCUGACUGUAUAAUGUACCACAAUGGUUGUCCAUUACUGUUUGUAUGUUUUCAGCUCAAGUUAAACUGAGUUCUCUCAGUAGAGUGUCACCUUAUGCAGUCAAGCACUUGUCAAGACUCAGUAAUGACUGAUAAUGAAAUCAUCUUGCAGGACUCGAGAUGAUGUGUAAGACCUGACGUUUAUUGUGAUGUGUUGAAUGAAAAGCAAAGAAAAACCAUAAAUAAAGUUUAUUGAACAGUC